GGUGCCAUUUGGGACGCAGCCAGGGUUUAGUGCACACGGACACUUGUAGUUCUGCGGUCGGGAUUCCGAUCAGUGAUCAUUCUGCACUUUAGGAUGAAUCCAUAAGAUGAUCAAGAUGAGGUGGAUGUCUGGAGGAACUUCGGAGGAACUGAACUCAUUAAAACACACUCACCUUGAACGAACUCAUUUUUAAACCUCUGACGCGUUUCCUGGAUCUUGAUCUCCAAUUCCUUUAAAAGAUAAAAAAAAACAUAUGGAGUUAUUUAUGAGCUGUACAUGUAGAAAACAGCGAUCAUUGUGAAAGGUACAGAUUUAACUCCAACCUGCUCCGGUUCAGGCUGUGCAGCGUCCGCCAUGUUUGUUUGAACUGACUGUCACAUCCGGGUUGCCAGAUUGGGCCGAGUUCAAUGUCCAGGCCCUCUCGCGCUAACUGUAAGGGUGCGUCACAAAUCGACUGAAUUUUAAAGCGUUUUAUUGCAUACAUUGGUACUUUUCCUCUUGAACGUAAUUUUCAGUACAACGUUUUACUAAUAGUCUAAUCAGAAUUUAUUCCUAAAUAAUAUUGUUAAAGUUGAAAUCUCAGAACUCGUGCCUUCUCCGGGGAUGACGAGAGUUUAUAAAGGGAAUCAAAAAUAAAACAAACAAAAUCUGUGUCAUGCUGAAACGGGAAAAUAAUCAUUGACAGGGUGAUAAGAUGAAGUAAAUAAUGUGCAGAGAUACUGUGUUUCAAUCCUCUAUUACCACAGGAAUCUUUUUUAAAUGCAUUAUAGCUACGUUCUGCAAAAUAGUCAAUAAACAGUCGUUCCCUCACCAGUCUCUUUUACAACACUCUCGAAGUCAAGUGAAGUCAACCAAAAAUAAAUAAAUAAAUAAAUAAAUAAAUAAAUAAAUAAGGUUAUCAUACUGCCAAAUGAAAUAAAGUUACAGCUUUACCUCUGACUGUUACAAGGCACUGGAACUGGAGACUCCUUCCAAAAAUGUUAAGUAAAAGGAGUUUCUUUAUAGAAAAAGGUCGUGCCAAUCGUUUUCCGAACCUGUUCUCAGUACAGGUCCCUGUGAAUGAGCUGCUGCUAUAGAAAUGAUCUAGAACAAGUACAUGAAUGUGAAAAUUAAUCAACACCUUACGACCAAUCAGAAAUCAGAAUUUAACAAUAAUUGUUAUAGUGUCUAACUUUCAUUAAUUUUCAUUUUAAAAAAAUCAAUAAUAAUUUUAGCUCAGUGAUGCAAUCAUAAAGUUCAUAAUGUCAUUCCACUUUAUUUUUAAAGACAGCGUGAUUUCCAAAACUCCUCAGAACAAGAAAUCGACCAAUCUGGCAACCCCUGUCAGAAGUUUAAGCCAAGAUUCGGCAAAACAGUUGUGUGUGUGUCCUGAAACUGCAACUCCGCUGUCCGCCAUUUUGAGUCUAAGAAACUGUUACCUAAUGGGCGCCAUCGUGGCUCUGCGGAAGACUUUUGUUCUGGGGCGUGGUGUACGAGAUAUACUAGGUCAAAAAAAUUGUCUUGACUUUUAUGUUAAAGCAAGAAAAACACUCGUUUUUAUUAAAGUUAAAUACAUAUCUGCCUGUUUUUGCGAACAGAUUUCUGAAAAAGCGAAAACAAAUGGCUCGGUGUCAGUAUUCUGACAAGUCCCUCCCAUCCUGCGCUCAGAUUGGAUAGUUCUAUAUCGGCUCCUGAGCUAGGAUUGGAUAGUUUAAUUGUCCAAUUGGAGCACAGUUUGAGGGAGGAAGUAGCGAAGGGGGAACUAUUUGGCGGGAACGGUUUGCUGACAGAAGUGAGGUUUCCCUUAGCCUGUGAUUGCACUAGAAAGGAGAUUUCUGACAUGUGGGCGUGGCCAGUCCAGCAUUGUGUUUUUUCCCCCUCCUGUAGAAGAAGCUAUAUAUACAGCCACUGAAGCUAAGUGGUCAGUGUAUUGCUGGGAUUUGUUGCAUGCUACACUACAUUCUUAGAUUAGAUUAGAUUAGCAAAGCCACAACCAUUAGCCACUCCCACUGACCCAUGGUGCCUGCCGUGUCUCUUUGAUGAGAGGUCAUAUAUGUCAGGAUAAUGUGCAGCUAGGGUUCCUCCAUUUUUUGUGUCCCUUUUUACAGUAUUCCGGUUGUACCUGUUAAAGCUCCUGCAAAACCUUUGUAAUUAUUUUAACUCACUUCACAGUUUCGAUCUUGUGGUGCAUUCCUGCCAAACCUGUCAUCACGGUUGUACCUCCAGUCACAACUAACCCUCCUUUCUAACAUUGUAUCUCCUCCGGCACAUAUCACUGCUGUUAGAGAUCUGCGCAACUUCUGUCGCUGUCUAAUCACAACAACAGUCACAGCUAUCGCUUUCAACUAGAACAGCAGCUCAGCUCUUCUGAACUCUUUCAGCUUGUUGCGUGUGAAGUAAACAUGGCUUCAGUGCAUCAGUGCCUCCACAUGGUCACACUGCAUGGUGACCUUCUCAUCUUUCAGUGCAAGCAUCCCAACUCAAGAAGCUCUGAGGUCAUAUUCUGGAGGAUGUCCUUCAACCGAGACUCGGGCACCUUCUUAAAUAAAGACGAUAAAAUAACAACCAUGUAUGAAAACGCCUCCAGAGCAGUCAGCAUCAUUCACUGCACUGCUGUCGUCAAUGUGAAAACGAGGCAGAGAGCCCUGUGCAUUUUGUUGAGGCUUCACCGGAAGGGAUCUCAAGGGUUUAAGUACAUGCUUUACUCUUUAAGCAGUAGGACCAGUGCAAAACUACAUGUGGAAUUUUCGUUGCCUUACGAGAUGGGCAAGGAUGUCUCGAUUUUCCACGGACCCACUCUGGUCUGGAGUCACCAGGACAUUGUCUUCUACACGUCUGCAGAAACUGGUAGUGUGAAGGAAGUCCCGAUACAUCUGAAGGUCAGCUUUCUUGGCGAAUUGCCUCUUUCUCGAAGACCAAUAGCAGUUCUUGGUUUGCAGAAGAUGACAGAAGAGGAGAUGGGAAAUGAUGCGGAAGAUAAAACUGUUCUUUACUUCCUAGAGGAUGGAAAGACUUUUAGUGCUGAUUGUCUUUUACCCAGUGCCUACAGUUUGGUUGUUCGAUGUAUGCUGGUGCUUUCGGCCAAGGAAGUAGAUGGAUCUCUGAGAUCUACUGUGAUAGCUGCAACUUGUAGGAGACAGCUGGUGUGGUUUGAAAAUGGACUUCCGGAUGAAGUGUGUCUUCUCCCGUAUAAAGAGCCCCGAAGCAUUCGAACCGUUCACACAGGAAGUGGCUGCCUCAUCGUUGUUGUUUUCGAGCAUGGGAAUGUCUGCGCUGUGUGGAAAGAUACCUUCAAGGUGGCUGCAUGCUGGACAGAUGUGCACCUUUUGCUUGUGGAUGAUUUUCUUGGUGCAGGGUUUGAGCAGAUGUUGCUGCUUUUCGAGGACAUCGACUCAGCAGACGGAAUCCUGGAGAAAUUCCUCCUCACGGAUCUCUGUGGCAUCAGUCACUCUCAUGGAAGAGCAGAGAGUGAAGAUGUAAAUCGGUGUGAGGUGGCAGAAGACAACAUAACUUUGACAAUCCAAGCACUAGAGGCCAGACUCCAGAGUGGUUUGGCCUUCCUACAGGACCUUCAGAGAGAUCUGCAUGUUAAAGAUCAUGUCAUCCAGCAGUGUAUAUCUGCUCUCUGUGACCUUUUAUCAGACCGGAAGCAUGUCGUAUCUCCUGCACUGCAGGAGGGACUGGUGUCUCUGCUGGAUGAACAGAGCGAGGAGGAUGAGUGCACUCCAUAUGUGAGGAUGGAAACAAAUUCAGGCGAGAGUCUCCUGAAAGUGGAGAGAGUCUGGCACAGAGUCAUCGGCCACAGGCUUGUGUUUGGUGCACUUUUAGCACCGACCAAUCAAAUGACGGAAUCUGAAAACAUGAUUGCUGCCUUCAUAGCCACGCCCCCUAUGGUUCAAAGUGUGAAUAAAAUCAUUUGCUACCCUGAACCCCUGACCUCUGCGGCCCCUGGACCUCCAAAUGCUAAAAGAAGCAAGUUUCCCAGUGGUCCGGCCGUACUUAUCGUCACUGAUCUCGCCCCAUUAUUGACCUUCGACCCAAUUAAAUGCUCUGUUCUGCUAUGCGUUUCUACCACGGAAGCAGAAAAUGCAUCUCACCACUGCAAAUUGGUGAAUUUAGAUUUAAAAGGGGCACUGGAGGGUAAAUUUCAGCCACGACUCUUCGAGGACUGCAGCAUUGACUCAGAUGAAUCCAGGGAGGAUCUGCUGAGUCUGAUGGCAGCGUUUGAGUCUUGGCGUUUUCACAUCACAAGUAAUGAUCGGACCGUGGUGGAUGUAUUGCGGUUUUUGGAGGAGAAAUUCAGAGCUAAACGAUUAAAUAUCAGUCCGCAAUAUUUGCUGUGUUGUUCCGUGCAACCGCCUAGCACUAUGCUUUUCCACUGGAAACCUUGCAGCUCUUUCGACGGAAUGCUGGAACUCUGUUGCAGUGACCAUCUGUGCUUGCUUCAUUUCCUGGAUACUUUGUGCAACUUCCUUCCUGUUUCUCAUUGUAUUAAACUUCUCAAAACUGGGCAGGGCAGAAACGGAAGCUCCGCCCUCUCCAUGGAGCAUGAGAUUCGCACAAUCAAAGAAAGUGUGGUCGAUCUGAUCCAUGGCGGGGUGGAAGAUCCGAGUAGCGGUCUCUUUGUUCAUAUCAGUCGAGAGCAGUGGCUAAAAGAACAGAGUGAUCAGCUCCACCCACUCGUGGAGGUAAAGCUUUAUCAUCGGUUGGUGGAAAGAGCCAUUGAUCUUGAGAUGGCAAGUGACGUUGCCAUGCUCAUGGAGGCGGAGCUUAAUGAGUAUUAAUACUAAAUAAAAGACUAUAUAGUUAAAAAAGUGUGUGGAGCAGCAGAUAAUGCAAAUAAAUAAGUUGUGAUGUGCAUCACACCACCAUGAUGCUCAUUCAGUUUAAAUAUUCCCAACAUCUUUGUUUUAAGCUAUUAUUAUAAUUAUAUAAUAAUAAUAAUAAUAAUAAUAAUAAUAAUAAUAAUAAUGCAUAUUUGUAAUGUGUAUAUGUUUGUAAUAUAACAGUUUAUAUUUC